CUUGUCUCUUGGUUCCAAGACUACCUUAGUCCUGCUACCCGUUGAAGGACGAGUCGAUAACGGCACCCCUACCUACCUAAGACUCCACAACCUUCCCAAAACGCUCGCAAAUCCCCAACCUGGACUCGAGUCUCUCCCGUGUGCCGCUCUCUCUGCCCCAUACAUUUGAAACUAUGACCUACUCCAGAUGCCCAGCUUCUGUCAACAUGGCUAAAUACCGCUCCGUUCUAGGACAGCAUGACCAGUGUGGACUCUCUUCUUGUGCGCCCUCCAGCCAACCGACACCUGACUGAGCCUGCCCCCCUUCCGAACCACUCCCCGUACCGGUACCCAAGGUAUCCGUCUGAUAUCUUGCGUGCCUUGAAGCCCGACAAAGUGACAGACCCUCGCCACCCCAUCGCGCAGCUAACCCAAGCGACGAAAAGGCCCGACAGCCAGGCCAUCCGCGUUCACGCAUCCUUCUCAUGACAGGUCCCGUCGUCCUCUUCAAGCCUCGACAAUAUGGACAAGCCACCGCCGCGACCUCUCCUUCCAGCGCCCCCACCGUCCGAAUCACGCGCCGGCUUGAAGACGCCACCCACCGGUACCCCUCUGCCACCGAGACGAUCGGCCUCCAUAGCCGCCUGCGAGCUUUGCCGGGAGAAGAAAGCAAAGUGCGACAGCCGACGGCCGACCUGUGGACGGUGCUUAAGCAACGGCGUCCAGUGCACCUAUACCACCAAGGUCAAUGAGACGCUGACCCAGGCCGAUAAAAGAGAGAAGGCGCGAUACAAGAAAGAGCGGGACGACCUGUUGCAUCUUCUGACUUCGAUCCGUGACAAGCCCCAACGCGAAGCCGAAAACAUCUUUGCCCGCCUUCGCGUUUUCAACGACCCAUUCGAGGUGUGUCAGUCUUUGAGGGAUGCCGAGCUGCUGCCUUUUGUUUCUUCUAGCCCGGUCAAGCUCCCCUCUCCGUCCGACGCGAAUGAAAUCAUCGACAUACACGUCCCAGCUCGACCGUGGACAACGCUGGUCAACGAUGCUGUUGUUUCAAGGCUGGUGUCGCGCUUCUUCUCGCCUGGCUCCCAGCUGUUCCCGGCUAUUGACAGAGAUGUCUUCGUCUCCGACAUGCAAGCCAAGAAUCUGACUACGUUUAAGUUGUGUUCACCUCUUCUUGCCAAUGCCGUCUGCGCCAUGCCUUGUUUUGAGUUGACCUCGAGCACCGGUCUUGUCGAACUCUUCCUGAACCAAGCGAAAUCCAUCCUCGAGCGAGAACAUGGCCGACCCUCUCUGCCUACGGUUCUCGCUUUAUACCUUUUAUAUUUGAUAUCAACCUUGCUGGGUAGGGACCGUGCCGGCUUACACUUUCGGCGGACGGGCCUGGACAUGUUGGAAUACCUGGAUUUGGAGUCAAGAAUAAAAUAUUUGCGCGACGAUGUUCCAGAUCAGGCUCUCGAACGGCGUGUGUUGUCGAAAGCUCUAUGGGGGAUUUUCGUGGCGGAGAGGUAAGCUGUUAUGUGCAUUGCUUAUGUCGAACCUCUUUGCUUUACAACCGACCCCCUCUAGUACGACCGCCGAUGGUACCUAGACUUUUCGAAUUGGAUACCCCCAUCCAGACAUCACUUUGCGCUGACGAUGCUCGCAAUGCCGCGAUGGCGGAUGCCGACGGCGACGUGAAUGGAAGAUUGACGGACGCCUUGUGUAGCCUCGCUGAAAUCCAAUAUACCAUUGCCAUGCACGAGGCUGAACAAAACACUGCUGUGGGUAGUGGGGAGGAUAUUGGGAUACGGCAAUCCAUCCUUUUGCGGUGGAGGGUGCUGUGUGAUUUGUUUUCAAAUCAGCUUCAGGCAGAGACCAACUCGUCGUUGUCGAGCUGCUACGUCAGCCUACAACAAAGCGAAGUCGCUCUCUCAGUCCUCCAUCCCCUUCCCGCUCAGCUCACCCUUCCGGAUGAGAGCGCGGUCACAACGACGGUGAAAGAUUUGUUCAUACAACAUGCUCGAUUUAUAUCAGAGACAGUCGAUGCCCUACUGCAGUGGUCUCAAAACAGGCCACAUUAUCCCAUCGGUUUCGCCCUGUACUAUUCACUAGUCCCCCUCAUCCCCUUACUCGACCCUGAAGACACCGGGUCCGAAACCCAUGAGCUCUUCAUAAACGGUUGUGUCAGGUUGAGUGUUUGCGCUCAAAUAUACCCAUUCUUUGGUCGCCUGCUGCAGGCAAUCGGGGCACUUGCCUGGCGGCUAGGGAAGGAUGUCCCGUUGAAAGCUCGUGAGUGUUUCCAGUAUAUCAAGGUUUCCACUCCCAGGCAUGAUGUCGAGGAUGGGGAGGUUCACGACAUUCCGCUUGCCAUGGACAUUCCUAGGCUGUGGGCGAUGCGCCAUUUGCAGACGAACAAUCAUGUGGGCGACGAUAAGAAUGGUUAUUUGCCUGUAGGUCAACUCGGCAAGAUGAUUGAGCAUUGGAGUGGUGCGAAUCGUCUUGAUGGUGGGUAA